AUGGCAAUACCACCCAGAGUAGGGAUAUUUUUAAUAGCCCUGAACAUUUUCCUUUCCAUCUUUGCAACUCUGGGCAAUGUUCUAAUCCUAGUUGCUCUACGAAACGUUUCCUCCAUUCAUCCACCGACGAAGCUCCUAUUUCGAUGUCUGGCGAUAACUGAUCUUUGUGUUGGUCUUCUUGGUCAACCACUUUACAUUUACUUUUGGUACAUUACAAUCUUUCUUGAUAUUGGUAACCGCAUCGUAGAACUAGUUUACUUAUAUCUCUUUAUCAUUCGCGUGUUGGUUGCGGUAUCCAUCCUAACAGCGGCUGCCAUCAGUGUUGACAGACUUCUUGCUCUCUUAUUGGGACUGAGAUACAGACCCGUUGUAACUUUACGCCGAGUUCGUGUGGUCAUAACCUGUGUUUGGUUCAUUGCUGUUUCAAACGCUUCUUUGUACUGCGUGGGUUCGAUCCUAUUUCAUUAUGAGUCAUUACUUGCCUCGUGGUGGACCUACCGAGCUUUUAUCAUUUUUUCUAUAAUAGUCUCAACAUUUUCGUACACGAAGAUUUUUCUCACCCUCCGUCAUCAACAAGCUCAAGUGCAAGGUCAUGUUCAACCAGAACAGUCGAGCACUGUAAGAAGUGUACUGAACAUAGCACGAUACAAGAAGACAGUGUAUAGCGUAGCUUGGAUACAGUUAGCUAUGUUUGCUUGUUAUGGUCCUAACAUCGUGAUGGCAUUUCUUUGGAAUUUUGGAAAUAUAGAUCAUUCCACUGAAGUAAUGGUCGCGGGUGAAGUUUCCCUUUGUCUCAUCUUUUUAAAUUCAUCUCUGAAUCCAGUCCUUUACUGUUGGAGAAUCAAAGAUAUCAGACAGGAAGUGAAAAACCUCAUUCGUAAGUGUCUUUGCUGUUGAGUUAACCUACAGUGAUAGAGAAAAGAUGCAACAGAACAACAUCCCCAGUGGGAAGACAACUGGCUUAUCACGAACAGUGCCGCUACGUUGAUACCCACACACAGCACCUGUACUGACAGGACAGACCUUGUUGUUCGUAUAGGUUAUCGCUGUACUUUGAUCGUUUUUUGUCUAAAUAGAGUAAUAAAAGAUGUUUGACGAUGUUUUUAAAAGAGGGCCAAAAAGGCCGCACAGACCGUCUAUAGGGUCCAGUUGUGGGGUUGGCCAUAUUAGAUUUUUCCAAAGGUGUUAACCCAUUAUAUUGGGUCAAAAUUUGAAGUUUUCUUUUUGAUUGUUGUUGUUGUUGGUGUUUUUUUGCUUAAUAGAGUAAGAAAAGAAGUCUUUCGAUGUUAAGACUGCUAAAAAGGCCAGAAAAACCUCUUUAUAAGGAGUUUCAGUCGCUCUAUACUCGCCGGGAAAAUAAUACCCGUUGUCUUAAACAGUCAAUAAUAUUCACAGUUUAUGCAUGUAAUAUAACAGCGUAACUAUAAUCCCCUUGCACCUCAAUUGUUAGAUUGAUUUCUCUGUUGCAGAAGAGAAACGAAGUUUUUUUAAAACAUUAGUAUCGCAGGAACAGGGCUUUUUUAGCUUAUAUUUGAUCAGUUAACAGAUCUGUAAUUAAAAUGAUAAACGUGAAGGGCAUUCAGAUGCGCAAGUUCUCCCUCAGAGAAACUUCCUGUUUACACAAGGACAAUUAACAUUUAGCGGGUAAUUUUAAUGCAGUGAUGAGAAACCAUAACUAUAAUGAAUGACAAUAAUAGAUAAUGUAUGGAUACUUUCUGAGUUAAAAACUGAAGCUUAUGCGUUAAAAGUUUGUACUCAUGGGGUUAAAAAUAAAGUUCAGUUUCCGAUAUCGUUGUACGUUGGUCGGUUAAGGGAGACAUUCGUUAGUGCAAGAAGAUAAUCGGAAUUGCUACUCAAGAAGAGCAUACUGUAGACCUGUACUGUAGGGCUUAAGCUGUACGAGUAUUGAGUAAGCUAUAGCAGGAAAAAACUCCCGUGAGCGAUUUUGUAAAAUAUACCUCCCUUGUCCGAGAAAUACGGUUUCAAGUAAAAUAUGGAUAGUGAUAUCAUUAAUAGCAAUUUUUAAUUUUUGUUUGAUGUAGAGAAAUACGGUUGCAAAUAAAGUAGAUCAGUAAUGCUUUCAUGACGUUGGUCUGGCAGCUCCGAUGUCAAUAGAAUGCUGUUAAUUAGAAUUUUUUUAUCUUUGUCUGAUGCAGCUUAUGCAGGGCGGACAUUAUUGAUGGAUGCAUUAGUUCUGUUUACUCCUUUUACAACUGCAUGAUAUUCAGUUUGGACCGGUCACCGGUCAGUCGUCAGUGGUAGAGACUACACCUAUAUUACUUGUGUGUUUUCUUUAAACGACAAUUUCAAUUGUAUUUCAACAUUAAAAAGGAAAACUUCCCUAAAAUAGCAGGGCUAAUGUAGGCGUUUUUUCAGAAGAAAAAAAUGACCUUCUGUUGACUAGAUGUAAAACUCGCGGCUUAAGACACUUAAGUGUUGUACAAGGUAUAUAUAAAGUCGAGUCAAUUGGCACAAGUAUCUCAUUUAGCGCCUUAGGACUCUUCAGUUUCAUGUUGUGGUACGAAAAAUAUGUGCCCUGGUAGAAAAUAACGUUUGCACAGAGCUUUAGGCAUAUAUUUAUGUCAGGGAUUCGAGAAGAACUAAGCAGUUGUAAUAAGCUGUUUGCUAAUUUGCUUUAAAGAAACAAACACUGUAUGUUAAAACUGUGAAACGCAGUUUGAAUUGUUCUUCUUAUGAGGUGUUGGUUAUUAAACCCCUGAAUGGGAAGCACAUGCCUUUCACUUUUUAUUUGUUAGCGAAAACCUGACGCCUGGUUAAUUGAUUCAAAUGAAAGCUUUCAAAACGAUCGUCUUGCAAUUUUAGUUAGCUUUAUUAAGCUUAUCGUUAUUGGAAGUGAAAUCGGAUGAAAAUGAAAAGAGACGACGCGUCGACGCACUGUGCGCCUAAAUUUUAAAACCAAAGAAGAAGAUUUAGAUGUGACAUUGUAAAUAAAAAUUAUUGGGUACGUUUGGACGAACGAUGAAAAGUGUAGUAAACAAUUCCCAGCGGGUGAAAAAAAUGAAUAAAUUAAUAUUCAACAUAUAAAACCCGUUGCACCUUAACCGCCAAAUUAAUUUCUCUGUUGCGAAAGAAAAAAGAAGAAGUAAACAUUUUAAGAACAUUGGCAACGUAGCUGACAUGUACUCGUUUAGAAAUAACGCUAUAUUUCGUAAGUGAACAUGUCUAUAGUUAAAUGAGCGUCCUCAGAUGGCCAAGUUAUCUCUUGAAAAUUUUUUUGUUUACACAAGGGCUGUUGAUGUUUAGGAGGUGAAUGUGAUGAGAAUAUGAUAAAUGAUCAUGGCGAUUUCCGUUUGAAACCAGGUGUUUCCGAGGAAAAAGAAAAGCGCGAGGCUUCGUAAAGCGAAAAUGGACUUGUGGCCGUUUUUAACAUACAAAACAGCUUCGUCAAAAUGAAUAAGAACUGCUGCGAAGUUUACUUUAGUGGUACAGAACUCUUCUUUCUUGUGUCAUGCUGAAUAUUGCAGCAUCGAAGAGAAGGAAGUUGAAAGUGUAAAUCACCUAAGAUGUAGAAUACCCUUAAAAGGGAGUAUUUUUUUUUUCAAAUAGUGUCUUAGUAGCAAUACCCAAAUAGAAACAUACUGAUUUGCGAACCGAAAUUGAUUUGAAAAUUUUUAGUUAUGUAGUUCACUUUCAUGUCCUUUGAGGUUUCUUCAUUAAACUGUUGGAAACCGUAAUUCUCCUAAUAACCGAUCUUAAUUUGUCGGUCGGAGUUGGAGUUUGCAUGUUAAGUAAUGGAUAUUUUAGCUGGCAGUCGUGAUUAAACUUUUUCUAGCCAAUUAUUAGGGCGGGUCUAUUUUAAUUGCAAAUGUGCGAUGCUAACUUAUGACUUAAACAACACCAUACAGACUCUAAUUAUGGUCUAUAUUAAAGUUUUAUUCACAACACUCAUAUUCAAUAGUCUAUAUUGACUGCGCUUCUGUCAAUAUCUCAGGCAGAGCAUUUUAUUUCUAAAUUGUCAGUGUAUUUAGCAAGAAACUGCUAAUUGAGGACGUCUCCUUUUAUGUCUCCUACUCCAAGCAAAGGUCUGGCUUGUUUGCAGAGCAAACUCAGUAUACCCUCAUUUCUCAAUUAUCGUAAGACCCUGAAUAGUGGUGCGGCCCCAGAGAUCCCCCCCGCGACCAUCCGCUCUGCAGACAAUCGCUGUGCCGCCUGUGCUACUGCUGCUGCGGUAAUUACCCGGGGGGCUUGAUCAAUAAAGUUUUAUGCGGGGAGACUCCGCCCGGAGGUCCGUCCAACCCCUUAUUCUUUUACAUACCAUUUUGAGAGAAAAGGUACCCCUUUCCUAUGCCUUCUUUUGACAAAUGAUACGAUACCCCUUUCUUAUAAUCAAUUUAGAAUUUUGCCUCCCUUUCAACCAGUGUAAAGGCACUGCAUUUGAAAUAUGAAUUUAUCACAAAACCAGAACGUUUUCCCGACUUUUUCACAGCUUUAGAAUAAAUCUGUUAGCCCUUUUGGGCCUUUUUACGUACCGAAAUAACCCGAUUACCCUACACUUUCAUAUACUUCAACCAGUAAAAUCCCCUCCCUUUCAUAUACCUGAAGCCUGAAAAAGGUUCCCCUUUCAGGCGGAGCCUCCCCGUAUAGGCCAUUGUACUGAGUAUCCCACUCCCUGCCACCCCCGAGGGGUAAAUAGUGAGGUAAUAGGAAGAUACCGCUUAGUGAUGGGUGCACAGUCUAUCUUAAAUUAGUUAUUACCGACGAAAGUGAAGUCCUGGCGAGUAAAACAAACCACCGGAUGUUACGUUUUGACUUAUAGUGGAGAGUUACAUAUCCGCAGUACAGGUGUUGAUACUAUACCAGAUAACACGAAAAACAAUCCACUAUAGCGUGUAAUAGCCUUAGUAUUCCGCCCUUUUUGGUUUAUUGCUGUUUUAGAUUUAAAGGUAAAUGAUACACAUGUAGGAAGACACCUUUCUAAAGUGCUUCAGAAAUUGCCCUGAAAAUUCAGUCGAGCCACCUUGAGAGUCCAUUUUCUUGGUGGACUCUUAUUGUACCGUUGAACACCGAUAUAAUGAGUCGUUUUAUAUCGAACAGCUCCUUUAUGCGACAACGAAUGAGAUUUUUUACUGCAGUCGUCACAGGACCCCAAUACAACAUUUCUUAUUAUGCUAAAAAAACAAUUUAGAAUUAAGAAAGAAAGUCAUUAGCAAACGGGCAGAAAUUAAUUGGUAACUGCUAUUACCCAGGAAAUGCAGAUGUUUAUGCAGGAAGUGGUAAUAAUGCAAUUGUCAAAAUACUAAUACAAGAAUAUGAGUAGCAAAUUUCAACAUCUACUUAAUAUUCUUGGCUGAAGCCUAUAUGGCUAUAUACGUUUUGACCAGUUUCUAUUAGCCUUCAUAUCACCUGUGACAUAGUGGCUUAAAACUGAGAAGCGUUUCCCGACGUUUGUGUCUCAAUUAGUUCUUUAGCGAGCAACAAAGUCAACAUGUCAACCUGAACUACUACUCAAUAAUUUGUUCUAGUUGAAGUGACAGCAUAUCUCCUUCACUGUGGUUUGUUAACCUCCAAUUGGUGUGUGCCCCUAUUUUACGAUAUCCAUGCCGUCAAAGUAGAUAUAACAUCUUAUUUUGUAUUAAUUUUUUUGGAUAGUUCUUUAGCGAGCAGCAAAGUCAACCUGUGUUAAAAAUAUUAGGAAUCGGCUUAAUUGACACGUUUGAUGCAACGACAGGUUAAUUUGGAGUUAAGUAUUUUUAAAUUUAUUUGCCAGUUUCUGUGUAGGUCUAUCACAAAGUGAAUAAAUUUCCUAUUUCGUUGAAAAGCUGUUUGUCCGAGGAAGUUCAUCUUGUUCAGCUUUGCAGCUGAAGAAACCUAACGUUAACUCAAAUCGACAUUUCUUUUCCAUAAAGCUUAAUCAGUGGCUUUCAACACCAAUGGCAAUCAACACGAAUGGGACAUUUGUAACAACGAAGAUACCAUCCGGAGUAUGGAUAUUUCUUAUAGUCUUCAACAAUUGAACCUGUCUAAAAAGUGUUAUGAAAGUAACUGAUACGUUUCAUGCAACAGGACGUGAAUUUGGAGUCUAAGUCUACUUUUUAAUUUAACUUGCCAGUUUCUGUCAAGAUCUAUCACAACUGAAUUAACUAUUUCGUUCACAAUCUGUUUUGUCCGAGGAAGUUCAUCCGCCUUCUGUAGCCUUACAGCUGAAGAAACUGAACGUUAACUCAAAUCGACGUUUCUUUUUCAUAAAGCUAAAUUGGGGGCUUACAACACCAAUUGCAAACAAUGCGAAUGAGACAUUUGUAGUUACGAAGAUGCCGCCAGGAGUUCACAUAUUUCUCGGCAUAUCCUUAAACAUUUUUCUUUCCAUCUGACUGAUAUCGGCGUUUCUUUUGCGUAAAGCUUGAUCGGGGUUUUCAAAACCGAUGGCAAACAACACUAACGGAACUUCUGUAAUAGCGAAGAUACCAUCCGGAGUAUGGAUAUUUCUUACAGCCCUGAACAUUUUUCUUUCCAUCUUUGCAACUCUGGGCAAUGUUCUAAUCCUAAUUGCUCUACGAAACGUUUCCUCCAUUCAUCCACCGACGAAGCUCCUAUUUCGAUGUCUUGCGAUAACUGAUCUUUGUGUUGGUCUUCUUGGUCAACCACUUUACGUUUACAAUAUGUACAUUACAAACUAUCUUGAUAUUGGUAACCGCAUCGUAGAACUGGUUUAUGUAUGUGUGUUUAUCAUUAGCGUGUCGGUUGUGGUAUCCAUCCUAACAUCGGCUGCCAUCAGUGUUGACAGACUUCUCGCUCUCUUAUUGGGCCUGAGAUACAGACACGUUGUAACUUUAUACCGAGUUCGUGUGAUCAUAGCUUGUGUUUGGUUCAUUGCUGUUUCAAACGCUUCUUUGUACUGCGUGGCUUCGAUCCUAUCUCAUUACAAGUUAGAACUUGCCUCGGUGUGGACCCUCCGAGCUUUUGGCAUUUUUUCUAUAAUAGUCUCAACAUUUUUGUACACGAAGAUUUUUUUCACCCUCCGUCAUCAACAAGCCCAAGUGCGAGAUCAUGUUCAACCAGAACAGUCAAGCAGAGUAAGAAGUGUACUGAACAUAGCACGAUACAAGAAGACAGUGUAUAGCGUAGCUUGGAUACAGUUUGCUAUGCUUGCUUGUUAUGGUCCUGACAUCGUGAUGGCAUUUCUUUUGCAUUUUGGAAAUGUAGGUUAUUCCACUGAAGUAGUGAUCGCGGGUGAAAUUUCCCUUUGUCUCAUCUUUUUAAAUUCAUCUCUGAAUCCAGUCCUUUACUCUUGGAGAAUCAAA